AUGGAGGACAUGGAUUUUGAGGAUGAGAAGUCCAAGAGGUACUGCAUGAAGACAAAGCAUGUGGCUAUCAUCUGUGGUGUCGUGGUCGUUGUAGGUCUUGCCGUGGGGCUUGGUGUGGGACUGAGCAGACCUAAACCUCUGCAACCUCCACAGGGGACAGAUCAACCAACAACAGAUCAGCCUCCUCCCCCAGUGGAUUUGGGUUCCUGUCCUCCCAGAGAUGAUGAGACUGGAGACUGGAGACAUUUCAGGCUGCCCACUUACGUCAAGCCUCUCCACUAUGAUCUGGAAAUCAAGCCUGAAAUGGAGACAGACAUUUACAGUGGGACAGUCAGUAUUUCUAUUGCUUUGGAAAAAUCUACCAGCUACCUGUGGCUUCACCUGCGAGAGACCAAGAUUACAGAAAUGCCCACACUCCGGAAAUCUUCAGGACAGCAGAUUGCACUGAAUGACUGCUUUGAGUACAAGCCACAAGAAUACAUAGUGAUGAAGGCAGCAGCAGAGCUCCCUGUCACUGAUGAAAGUGAUCCCUAUGUGCUCACCCUGAAGUUUCAAGGCUGGCUGAAUGGUUCACUGGUUGGGUUUUAUAGAACCACCUAUACUGAGAACGGACAGAUCAAGAGCAUUGCAGCUACUGAUCAUGAGCCAACAGAUGCACGGAAAUCAUUUCCCUGCUUUGACGAGCCAAACAAAAAGGCAACUUACAGCAUAUCUAUCAUUCAUCAAGACUCAUACCAAGCACUUUCAAACAUGCCAGUACAGCAAACUGUACAGCUUGGCGGUGGCUGGAAUCGAACGACCUUUGAGAAGUCAGUUCCCAUGAGCACUUACUUGGUAUGCUUUGCAGUGCACCAGUUUGCCUACGUGGAGAGAAUUUCCGCUAGUGGAAAACCCCUGAGAGUUUACGCCCAGCCACUGCAAAUAAAAACGGCAGAAUAUGCAGCAAAUGUAACAGAAAUCGUAUUCAAUUUCUUCGAAAAAUACUUUAAUCUGAGCUAUUCUCUUCCAAAACUAGAUAAAAUAGCUAUUCCAGAUUUUGGAACAGGUGCUAUGGAGAACUGGGGACUGAUCACAUACAGGGAAACAAAUCUGCUGUAUGAUCCCAGAGAGUCAGCCACUUCCAACAAACAGAGGGUAGCUGCUGUGAUUGCCCAUGAACUCGUUCAUCAGUGGUUUGGAAAUAUUGUAACCAUGGACUGGUGGGAUGACUUGUGGCUAAAUGAAGGAUUUGCCAGUUUUUUUGAGUUCCUGGGAGCAAAUGAAGCCGAACGAGAUUGGGAUAUGCUUGAACAGGUUUUAAUUGAAGAUGUGCUUCCUGUACUGAAGGAUGACUCUUUGCUGUCUUCCCACCCAAUUGUGGUUGAUGUGUCAUCUCCAGCUGAAAUCACCUCUGUGUUUGAUGGGAUAUCCUAUAGUAAGGGUGCAUCAAUCCUCAGAAUGAUUCAAGACUGGAUUACACCAGAACUCUUCCAGAACGGCUGUCAGGCAUAUUUGAAGAAAUACCAAUACCAGAAUGCCAAGACACAACAAUUUUGGGAGGCUCUGGAAGAGGCAAGUAAUAAGCCUGUGAAGGAAGUCAUGGACACAUGGACUAGGCAGAUGGGCUACCCUGUUUUGGAGAUGGGAAGUAAUUCAGUACUCACACAGAAACGUUUUCUCUUGGAUCCCAGUGCAAAUCCUGCUUAUCCUCCAUCUAAUCUUGGUUACAAAUGGAAUAUACCAGUCAAAUGGAGAAUUGAGAAUUCAGCAAAUUAUACUUUCUACAAUGCAUCAGAUUCUACAGGAAUUAAAAUAGAAGAUUCUCCUAAUACUUUUGUGAACAUUAAUCCAGACCACAUUGGAUUCUAUCGGGUGAAUUAUGAUGGUCAGAAGUGGGAGAGGUUAAGCACUCUUCUGAGGGAAAACCACAAAAGUUUUACAACUGCUGAUCGUGCAGGGAUUUUGGAUGAUGCCUUUUCUUUAGCAAGACCUGGACUUGUGAAUUAUUCUGUUCCUCUGGAGCUCACAAAAUACCUAAGAAGCGAAACAGAGUAUUUACCCUGGCACAGAGUUAUAUCAGCUGUAACCUACCUCGCAAACAUGCUUGAAGAUGAUACAAAUCUCUAUCCCCUGUUUCAGAAAUAUUUUGGCUACCUGGUAAAACCCAUUGUGGAUCAACUGAGCUGGAAUGAUUCUGGAGGCCAUUUGGAGAGGCUUCUUCGUGCGUCUGUUCUAGACUUUGCCUGCAGUAUGGGUGACACAGAAUCUUUGAACAAUGCUUCUCAACUAUUUGAGCAAUGGCAACGAGGAGAAACUAUUGCUCCAAAUCUCCGACUCACAGUAUAUCGUUACGGGAUGGAGAACUCAGGCAAUGAGACAUCAUGGGAUUAUAUGUUCCAGAAAUACCAAGAAACAUCAUUAGCCCAAGAAAAAGAAAAGCUGCUGUAUGGCCUGGCAUCAGUGAAGAAUAUCACCCUUUUGGACAGGUAUCUGAAAUAUAUUUACAACACCAGCCUCAUCAAAAGCCAAGAUGUGUUCACAGUCCUGAGAUACAUCUCAUAUAACACCUAUGGGAAAACAAUGGCCUGGGACUGGAUACGACUGAACUGGCAGUACUUAAUUGACAGAUUCACUAUCAAUGACAGAACCUUUGGUCGAAUAGUAACUAUUUCCCAAACCUUCAACACUGAGCUCCAACUUUGGCAGAUGGAAAAUUUCUUUGAAAAAUAUCCUAAUGCUGGGGCAGGAGAAUCACCCAGGAGUCAGUCUCUUGAACAGGUGAAGAGCAACAUUGAAUGGCUUAAAGAAAACAAGGAGGAAAUACAGACAUGGCUAAAAGCACAGCAAGACUUACUUUAUUGA